AUGGCUGCAACAAAUGCUGAUCUAAAAAUUCAUAUGGCUCGUAGACAUUGGGAUAUAGAAGGACUUGAUAUAUUAAAUAAUUUACCUAAAACAUAUAAAAAAGAAUGGAAAUGUAAUAAAUGUGAUACAGUUUUUCAUGAUUAUUCUGAUUUUCAAAAUCAUAUUUAUAGUCAUUCAAGUCAAACAAAUAAAUUUCAAUGUAAUCUAUGUCCAUAUAAUUGUAAAAGUUUUUCAAAAUUAAAACGACAUAUGCUUUAUCAUCAAGGUCAACGUAAUUAUGAAUGUCCAAAAUGUAAUAAUAAAUUUUAUCAAAUGGAACAUCUUAAACGUCAUUUAACAUCGAUACAUAAAUUAAAUAUUCCACAAAUUGGUCGUGGAAACCGUUUAUUUAGUUCGGAUAUAUUAAAACGGCAUUCGGAUAUGCAAAAUAUUCCACCACCACAUGGAACUGUACCUCAAUGUUAUAAAGUCAUUUCAAAAUGUGUAUUUACAUGUCAAAAAUGUCCAUUUUCAACAACGAAACUUUAUCAUCUCAACGAACAUGUUAAAAGUGAACAUUUACAACUCGAUGAUUCAGCACAUGUCUGUACUUUUUGUUCAUAUAUAACAGAUAAAAAAACGAAUCUUAAACGUCAUUUACAUCAUAAUCAUGCUGGUCAAUCUAAUACACCUGUACUUUUAUCGAAUGAUGCUCUUUUAUCAAAUCCUAAUACAAAAUUUCAAUGUGGACUUUGUCGUCGAUAUCAAAGUAAUGUUGAUGAAUUUAUUAAACAUAUUACAGAAAAACAUCGUAUGGAUGUUGUUAUAUUAGAUUCCGCUAAUAAUGGAAAUAUUCAUCAACAGAUAAAAUCUCGUGGUCGAGCUGAAUUAAUAUGUGCAAGUAAUAAUUCAACACCAUUUCGAUUUGAUGAAUACGGUGGUCUUGUUACUGUUAUGAAAAAUCCAAAUGAUACAACAAUAAAUAAUUCAAAUAAUUCAACAACAGAUUUUCUACUUCAGCAAUAA